GCCGCAGCUGCAGUCCCCAUCUCAGUCAGUACCUAGUCUAGCUCCCAGCAGAUGCCUCCACGGCACAUCUCCGGAUCACUGUCCGAGGCUGGCUGACCGAGGCGCGGCGCUCAGAGAGUUCCAGGUGCAGACCCCCAACUCGGCCACAAGGUUGAGUCUGGCCUCCUGCUCCGUCCUCCUGCAGAGGUAACCCCUGGGUCUUGCCCUGAGACAAGUCACUGGGCGCCCCUACAGCCUCCUUCUAUGACUCCACCUGGAUUUGGCUGACAGUGGGGACCUUCUUUGAGGGGCUGCCUGGGUCAUAGCGAGCAGCAGCCAGCUCUCCAGCCAGCAUGGCAGACGCCAGGCACUGAGGGACAGGCUCUGGGGCCUCCGCAGGCGCACUCAGCAGGACGUGAUGGAGAACAAAGCCAUGUAUCUGCACACCGUGAGCGACCGGGACACCGGCUCCAUAUUUGAGGAGCCCUUUGAUGGCAGGAGCCUGUCCAAGCUGAAUCUGUGUGAGGACGGUCCAUGCCACAAACGGCGGGCAGGUGGCUGCUGUACCCAGCUGGGCUCCCUGUCGGCCCUGAAGCAUGCUGUCCUGGGUCUCUACUUGCUGGUCUUUCUGAUUCUUGUGGGAAUCUUCAUCCUAGCAGUGUCCAGGCCCCGGAGCUCCCCGGAUGACCUGAAGGCGCUGACUCUGAAUGUAAAUCGGCUGAAUGAAAGUUUCCGGGACUUGCAGUUGCGACUGCUGCAGGCUCCACUGCAGGUGGACCUGACGGAGCAGGUGUGGAAGGUGCAGGACGCGCUGCAGAACCAGUCGGACUCGCUGCUUGCGUUGGCGGGCGCGGUGCAGCGUCUGGAGGGCGCGCUUUGGGGGCUGCACGCCCAAGCCACACAGACAGAGCAGGCGGUGGCCCUGCUGCGCGACCGCAUGGGCCAGCAGAACGACGCGGCGCAGCUGGAGUUGUACCAGCUGCAGGUGGAGAGUAACCGCAGUCAGCUGCUGCUGCGGCGCCACGCGGGCCUGCUGGAUGGGCUGGCACGCAGGGUGGGCAUCCUGGGCGAGGAGCUGGCAGAUGUGGGGGGUGCACUGCGUGGGCUCAACCACAGCCUGUCCUAUGACGUGGCCCUCCACCACACGCGGCUGCAGGACCUGCAGGUGCUGGUGAGCAAUGCCAGCGAGGACACGCGCCGCAUGCGGCUGGUGCACAUGAGCAUGGAGCUGCAGCUGAAGCAGGAGCUGGCCGUGCUCAACACUGUCACCGAGGACCUGCGCCUCAAGGACUGGGAGCACUCCAUCGCGCUAAGGAACAUCUCCCUCGCGAAAGGGCCACCGGGACCCAAAGGUGAUCAGGGGAGUGAAGGAAAGGAAGGUGAGCCUGGCAUCCCUGGAUUACCUGGACUUCGAGGUCUACCAGGGGAGAGAGGUACCCCAGGACUGCCUGGCCCCAAAGGCGAUGAUGGGAAGCUGGGGGCCACAGGACCAAUGGGCAUGCGUGGAUUCAAAGGUGAUCGAGGCCCGAAAGGAGAGAAAGGAGAAAAAGGAGACAGAGCCGGUGAUGCCAGUGGCGUGGAGACUGAGAUGAUCCGCUUGGUGAACGGCUCGGGCCCACAUGAGGGCCGUGUGGAGGUGUACCACGACCGUCGCUGGGGCACCGUGUGUGAUGACGGCUGGGACAAGAAGGACGGGGAAGUGGUGUGCCGAAUGCUGGGCUUCCGUGGCGUGGAGGAGGUGUACCGGACGGCUCGAUUCGGGCAAGGCACAGGGAGGAUUUGGAUGGAUGACGUCGCCUGCAAGGGCACAGAGGACACCAUCUUCCGCUGCAGCUUCUCCAAAUGGGGGUUGACAAACUGCGGACAUGCAGAGGAUGCUGGGGUGACAUGUAACAGACACUGAAAGGGGGCACAGCCCAAGGUUGAGGCUGUGCUGCUGAGCCUCUGUCCUGCAUUCCUGGGUGGGUACAAUGCUUGGGGCUACCCUGACCAUGCCUCUGCCCUGCGCAGUCCAGCACUCCCCAACCUCGAUACCCCAUCCCAGGACCAUGGUGGCCUGUCAUCAUUCUCCUCUUGGACAUCUGCUCCAAAGAUUGUGUCUGGGAUCUACUGUGUAUCUCUACCUUGUACCAGAGUGCCUAUGUGAGGAGCCUGGUUGACCAGAUCGCCAGUUGUGCAGUCUUCGGAAUGUCAUGUGCCAGGCCUCAAAGUCCAUGUUCCCUUCAGUCUGUUAGUUACAGGGGAAUGCUGAGAAUAUGCCAGACAAAACCAGCGGUGGAGAAGAGAGGUAUAAUGAUCAUUUACUCUUUGGAUAAUCUCCAAACCACAGUUAGGCCAAGGGUAUCAACAUCCUCCUCCCUAGCAAGCAGCAAUACUGUCUGAUUCAUUUUCCUCUCUUUACUCUGCCUCUGCAAACCGUGUGUUAAUUUGAGGAAGUGAUGCAAAGGAGAUGCCAGCUGCAGGAGUGAGAGGGAAAUGCAAGUUACCUUCAGGACUGCAACUCCAUUUGGUGGGGAAUGAAUCUAACAUAGAACAACUACCACAGUGUGCUAAAUCAUAUCUUGGGUGCUAAAUUCAUUUAUCCAUUUUGGUACAGUGGCACAAGGCAUGUUAGUCUGACUCUACCCCGGGUAACAGUCAGUCAGCCCUUUCACCUGGCCUAUAAAUUAAAGACAAAAUGAUGGAGCCCAUGUUCCCACCUGAACCUUAGUGUGUCUUUGCUGGGCCUGAGCAAGAAACUUGAGCAUGAGGCAUGUGUGAAAGUCACAUAGUCCAAAACCUGUGGCAUGUGAGUGCAUCCAUUCACGAAGGGGAGCUGACUUGAGGGGGUCACACAGGGGCUUGUCUGUGUUGACCUGAGUCCAACAAUCAGUCAUCAAGCAAUCAGGGAUAAAGCCAGGUAGCCUGUGCCUCAGAGCUGUUUGGAGGUGAUGAUACUGCACCUUCCAAGCCUCUUCAGGUGUGACUCUGCAGUCAGAAAAACACAAUCCUGAUGGAAUCGACAGGAGUGGAAGGAAGUGAGUAUAUUCUACAACCUGUGGGAGUAGUAAGUGCUUAUGGGUCUCAGCAAGUCUGCCACCUGUACCUCUUCCUUGUGACGGGGAGAUCACAUUUUGCUUUUUCUAUGAGUAGGUCAACCUGGGUCAUCUACAUGUCCUAGAGCUAGGGGAGCUACAUGGUAGCAAGUGAGCACAGGCCCACCUCACAUUGUAGGAAUCACUAAGUCACAGUCAGGGCUCAGACACACAGUCCCUGUCAAAUUGGGGUGAGACUUGGCCUGCCUGGGGAAAGUGAGACCUGGGCUCCUCCCAGUGCAGGAUGAGUAGAGCUCCUGGCUGACAACUAAGCCAAUAUGUGCUCUUGAUCAUUCAUUCUUUGCUUGCAAUAUGCUUGUUACACAUUAAUGGACUAAUGAUCAGAGACUCUCCUUUUGACCAAAUGCUAUGUUUACAUGACAUGUACCCGUGCAUCGUUUUUCCAGAGCCAAUAUAUGUAUGCAUAUAUAAACAUAGCACUCUUUACUACAUAGCUCAGCACAUUGCAACGUUUGCAUUUAAAAAUUGCUACAGGCAGAAAGAUAUCACAUCGGACAAAAUAAAUUCCUAACCCGGUUCUGGCAAAGAAUCCAGUUACCUCGCCGAUAAAGACAAACACAACUUUCUUACUUGGUCUUUUCAUCUGGAAAAACACAAGUCUUAUUUUACAGUUAAAAAAAGUUUAGUGUUUGGACAUUAAACAUAAAAGUCUACUAGUUUACAUACCUACUUAUGAGGACAUGGAAUUGACCAUGGACCUGUAUUUCAGGGACUAAAGGAAAUUAAGCCUGGCCUAAAAUAUAUGAGACCUUUUGUAAGAAAUAAUU